GCUUGGCGAGGGGAUGGAAAUGGGUUGAGGAUAUAAAGAUGCUGGUUCCGCCUUGGAUUUGUGGAUGAUGAUUCAAUGUGAAGAUUCGCAUGAAUAGCUGUUGUGGUAUACAUUUUGGACUCGAUUGUUUAUAUCUUGGGAAGAAGUCGAGAAUAUUGUGUUGUAUGGUAUCUACCUAUCUAUCUAUAUACACAGAGUUUACCACGAGAGAAAUCUGAGUUACGAGAAACAAUUGGAGGGAAGACAAAAGAGACACAUCCAAACGAAUUCGACACUUCACUCACAAUGUCUACUUUCUCCCUCUUCAACUCCUUUCCCGCCGAAAUCCACGGGUUAAUCCUCGAACAAUGUCCUCCAAACGAUCGUACUUGUCUCCGACUUGCGUGUAAAUAUCUCUACACCCUCUCGCCCCCCAAAUACCCCGUUUCUCUCGACUACUCUCCUGAACCCGAAGUCUUCUGUUCAAAACCUGAAGUAUCACAUCUUUCUUCUGAUGUUCACAAACAGCGCUUUCCCAUUCGCAAAUGCGGAUUAGGAGCACAGCUAUGCCAUGAUCGUUCUCUCACCUACAUGAACAUUCUCCGUGCCGCAGAAAAUCUCCCCCCACUAACACGAAAGAAAUGUCGUGAUAAUUAUUGGGCCGAUCACUGCGAAUGUUUCUCCCGCUCGGGAAUGUUGCACAAACAGUUGCAAAAAUGGAUGCCGAAGAACAUGAAAUACUGUAGCGAAUGUAGUGUUUUCACCAAGAGGAGAAAGAGCAAAAAAGGUCGAUGUACUCAUGGCCGCAAGAAACAAUAUUAUCGCAAUGGCCACAUCAGAUCGAAUUUGUGGACAAAUCACAAAGGACGUGGUGGUUAUUAUCGUAAAUUAUGGAAGAAAUGGUUCAACAACUCCGCCUUCGACAAUUUGGAAGCUCGUCUGCGUCUCGGCAAGCGAAAUUCCAAUACUCGCUACAAUUUACGAACAGAAUAUAUGCCUCGUGCUAGAUAUUUAGAUACGACUUGGUCGAGACAUGAGUGAGGUUGGAUUUGAGUUUGGCGAUGGGCUGGCGUUGAUUUGGGAGUAGUGGUUUGGGAGUAGUGGUUUGGGAGUAGUGGUUUGGGAGUAGUGGUUUGGGGGUAGUGGCUUGGGAGUACUGGUAUUGGCAUUGGCAUUGGCAUUGGUGUUAGUAGUAAUUUCAAUUUUUAAUUUUUAAUUUUUUCAUGAGGCGAAAAGAGAGUUUUAAUCUGAACGAAAGAAAGGGGAGGCGGGCGGCCAAGGGCGAGGAUCAAGAUAAAGAUAACGAGAAAGAGAAACAGAAAGAGAAUAAGAAGAAAGAGGAGAAACGAGAAAGGAAACAAGAAGAAACAAGCGAGGACAUCAACACAUCAACAAUCAAACAAUCUCCUCCCCAACUCCCAAACACUCACUCAUACAGAAAUGUACACGUCUAAAAGCACAAACAAACAAACAAAGAAAUAAAGUAAUCUUACAUGAUGAGAAUCUACCUAACAAUCCAAAUCUCACAAAUCUAACCUCUCACA